UGCUAAAAAUGGUACGUGUUAAAUGAAAUUAAAUGAAGCGGAUAUCAUUCGCAAGAUCAAAGAAAGGGCGUGAUGCAAAUGAGUUUCUUGUGAUGUCACUUAUUCAAAGAAAUUUAUUUAUCCUUCCCAAUCCAUGCAAAGUUAUUUCGGCGCUGGAAUUUCGAUUGGUAACUUCUCAAAAAAGCAAACAUGGCUUUCAUUGGUAAGAUUUUUCUGACAAUUGUCGCUCUCCAAUUAGCUCUGGUUCUGGCUAAACCGUACGAACCGCAUAACGUUGAUCUUUAUAACUCCAAUGAACCUAUGGACGAAUAUUUCCACAAACGAGAGGAGCUAGCGAGGUGCAAUCAUUUUUCUUGGCCUGCGUACCACAAGGUCAACUACUGCCGAGAGUCUUGCAGAGCAGAACCAUAUGAUACGCAUGUGAAGAAUCUUGACUAUUUGUGUACUGGGGGAUUCAAGUGUUGUUCGUGCAACUAUCAGUGUCCUAAGGAAGAGUAGUGAGCCGCUUUGCCUUCGUUAGGAGUACUCCGAACAGCAGUUUUUCCUUAUAAGACAUUCUAUUACGAUGUUGUGUGUAUCAGACAAUAAGCUGAGUAAUAAAGCCAGAAAAUAAUCUCAAUGAAAAUAUAUGAAA